AAGGCUUCAGUAUAAUCGCGACUAGUGUAAUAACCACACGCACGAGAGUCUGUAGUGCGUCUUUCGUUGCUGAGCUGAGUUUGCACUCACGUGUGAGAACAUCGCUCGACUCAGCGUGUGACACCAUCGAUCGACGUUAAACAUGUUCUGCAUAUUGAUAAUAGCCGUGAUCGUUGGAUGCUGUGCUACCACUUCCGCAAACGAAGUUGAAUUAAUGCAAAUUUACCAAUACGAUGAUUACGAAGAAUGUCGUCAAACGUACAGUGAUUUUGUGUACUGCAGUGCAAAAGCACACCUUACUUCAAAUUUGGAUUCAAUGCUGUGGACAAACAUAAAGAACUAUUCUGCACAUCCACGUCAUUUCGAUCGACGUACGAUCGAGGUUGGAGCGUGUGUUCAGAAAUGUAUACCCACAUUUGAAAGUGCAAUACACAAUCUAUCAGCGGAGCUGCAACGGUGUGUAGAAAAGAAAAUAUGGUCCCAAUAUGAGUUGAACUCAUCCAUCGAAAUCAUGCGCUGCAUACAUGGCAACAAAUCAACUAAAAACAACAACCCCGAAUUAGGAAUUGCGCAGAUCGCUUUUCUGUGUUUCGCAAUAGGGACAAUUAUGGUGGUGAUGCUCGCAUCCUUAUCGGACACUGAACAACAAGAAUGCACAGCGGAGAAAACAUCUUCAUUUACGACAAAACUGAUGCAAUCCUUUUCACUGGCUCGCAAUUUGCCGAAGCUGCUUGAAAGAGAGAACAAACCCGGAAUUAAUCUGCGCCAUCUUGAUGGGAUUCGUGCACUAACGAUGUUAAUUAUUUUGCUGACGCAUUCCUCAAUACCUUUGAUAAGGAUGCCGCUCAAAAAUGCCAACGACCUAGAAGCCCAGUUUGAUCAAUCAUGGUUCCCCAUGGCAAUGGCUGGUAAUACAUACACGGUGCAAAUUUUUUUCGUCAUCGGUGGUUUACUGCUGGCAGUCAAUACACUAGAGCAGCUGAAGAAUCGCCAUAAUGUUGGACUGGCUUAUUUGUUGGAUCGAGUGAAAAUUCGGCUGAUCAGGAUACUUCCACUGUAUCUCUUUGUGAUCUUAUUUCACGCAUCGUGGUAUCCUCAUUUGUACCAAGGGCCAAUUGGUGAUCGUUUCCACGAUCAUUGUACAACGAACUGGUGGACCAACGUCGUGUUUCUGAAUAAUUAUAUCAAUCCAAGUGAACCAGUAAAUAUGAUAUUGUACAAUUAUUUAGCCGUUACAACAUUAUACAUAAGCAUGUAUGUAUUUUCACACUUUCAGUGCAUACAGUUUGCAUGGUAUCUAGGAGCAGAUUUUCAGCUUUACUUACUUGGUACAGUGUUAAUGAUGUUAAUGCGGAUUCAGAAAGCGUUUAAACCUAUGGUGGUAUGCAUGACGCUAAGUGCCUUCCUAGUGCCAAUGGUCGUCAUCUACAGCUACCAUCUAGAUGCAACGGUGAUGAUGAUUUUAAGAUACAUACUUCAAGAAAUUCGCACAUUACCAUAUUAUUUGAAGGUGUACAUUCCAUUCGAGACAAAUGCUGGUAACUAUUUCUUCGGUAUGCUCGCUGGUAUCGCAUACUUCAAUUUCAAGGAUAACCCUACAGCGACAAGUACUUUAAAGCUAAACUACCUUUUGCCUGGUAGUGCUGCGUUUUUUAUAGUAAUGAACAGCCUCACGAUGAUGCUGCCUUCCGAUCAUUUAACCGAACCUUCGAUUGGUCUAGCGCUGUAUGGAUCACUGCUAAAAAGUGCCUGGGGAUUAUUUCCCUCCGUAUUGCUACUUUAUAUCGCAUUCCAGAAGAGACCGUCAAUGUUAGUUGCAACGCUCCAGCAUCCAAUACUACUAGUUGGAUCGAAAUUAAGCUACAGCAUAUACCUAGUACAGUAUGCCAUAGUUUAUGGAGUAUACAAACAUGUCACUUAUCCUCUAGUGUACAAUGGUUUUACCAUACUUAUUUUUACCGCAGCGAUUGUGAACAUCACAUUCUGUGUAGCAUUUACAUUACAUCUUUUCAUUGAACUUCCAUUUAAUUUAUUUCUUAAAGCAAUUUCGACUAAACCAAAAUCUAAAGCGUGACGUUUAUACAAAAGUGUGACAAAAAUACAAAACAAAUGAGUUCAUAUUAAACAUCGAUUAUACAUAUACAUUAGGUUAUGCCAUCCGAAUUUUUGCUUUCGAAAUCCACACAUUCAAUUAUUCAUACGAACACACACAAAUACACCUAACAGUUUACUUAUUAAUAAUGUAUUGAAUAUGUAAUGCCCAUAGUAUUUUAUUGUUAAUAAAUCAAACUGAAGUCAUUUCUUGAGUUACGUGAAUUUAAAAAUUUGACAUUUUAUGGAGUUUCCGUAUGAUGAAUUCAUUUUUUUUAGAUCCUUAAAAUAUAUAAUAUUAGUUUGAUUAGUUUAAACAUUCGUAUAGGUAAAUUUUUUCUUAAAUUGUUAAAAUCUUUAGGAUGACUGUAUUCAAAAGAAAUUUACCGCUAUAUUUCAAAACUUCGUCUCACAUACAAUCAAUCACGAUAAUGGGCCCAUUCUUAAUGUAUAGAACAUUCAUGUUUGAAAGUAUGUUCUACCUUCCCAUUGGUUUUACCAUUGAUUUUUUUUUAAUUAUUUUGAUUCAUAAAAUCUGUUAGCUCAUUUUUGCUAAAAAUAUUUUUUAGUAAUAUUUUUUCCAAUUUGAAUUACAAGUUAUUAAUACAAAAAUGUACAACUACUUCAUCUGCAGACCCUCGUUUAAGCCACUGCACCCACCGGAGAGAGAAAUUGUUGCAUUUCCUUAACUGCAUCUGUAACUGGAUAGUCAGUCUUGCAUACAAGGUAACGGUAUGGAUGAUAUUUAGUACCAAACCUGUUGUGUGGUAAAACGACGACGCGGAUCUCCGUUGUGCCACUAUAAAAUGCAAUUUAUUUGCUUAAAAAAUUCCUUCUCAAUAGCGCUGUCAUAAAUAUAUAUUAUUUACUAAUUACUACACCUCAUUUAAAAUAUUGUAAAACAAAUUUAAUUAUACGUUAUUUUUAGUACAAAAUUAAAACAAAAACUACCCAUGCCUAUUUACAAGAUUAAAUAUGCAAGCUAGGUAUAU